AAGUAUAUAAGCGAAACAGAGCGGUUUUGGCCAAACCCUAACAGUCUGCUCUGCUCUGCUCCGAUUGCCGCCGCCGCCGCCGCCGCCGCCGCUCGUUUGCUGCUCUCUCUCGCACGCCAGCCAUGACCAAAAGAACGAAGAAGGCAGGCAUUGUCGGCAAGUAUGGCACCCGUUAUGGGGCGAGUCUGCGUAAGCAGAUUAAGAAGAUGGAGGUCAGCCAACAUAGCAAAUAUUUCUGCGAGUUUUGCGGGAAGUAUGCUGUCAAGAGGAAGGCUGUAGGAAUCUGGGGAUGCAAGGACUGUGGUAAAAUCAAGGCAGGCGGAGCUUACACCUUGAACACUGCUAGUGCCGUGACGGUAAGGAGUACAAUACGGAGGCUGAGGGAGCAAACUGAAAGUUGAAUGGGCCAUUCACCACUUCAAACCAUUCUUGUUAGCAGCUUAUAGCUUAGAUAACAAACAGUAUUUUCUUUGAAAGCAUCCUCUACUUCGGUUGUUGUUUCGCUUUCGUUCCCCCUUUUUAAUUGAAGAGCAUGUGCCAGGAUCAUAACUAGAUAGAGCAAUUGUUCUAUCUCCUGUCAUUUGUCUAAUCGGCGUAAUGUCGGCAUUUUUGGAGUCUAUUAUUGAGACAGAUCGAACUUGUUGUCAAUCUAAAAAUUCUAUUGGAAACUUUCGAUUUCUUCA